AUGGAGGAAAUUGAUCCAUGCGGCGACGUGAUCUUCAUCGUCGGACCCGAGUUGGCAAGGCUUCGGGUACACUCAAUGUACUUGAAGAAAGCGUCAGAGGUUUUUGCAGCUAUGUUCGGUCCACGGUUUUCAGAGGGCCGGGAACUUAGCGAAGAUCACCCUAAGGAAGUCAAACUGCCAGAAGACAACCCUGUCGCUAUGAGAAUCAUCUGCGGCGUGAUCCACUUCAGAACCGAUAUGGUGCCGGACAAGUUAUCCCCGGUUGACAUACUCCGAGUCGCCUUAGCAGCAGACAAGUAUGGAAUCGUACCAGUCAUGAAUUUCGCACUCCGAAACUGG